AAAUACCCGCCCUAGCCAAGAUUUUUACUAGCAAAAUCGAUACGAGAGGGGGUUAGCUGAUAGGAUAAGGCGAACUAGUAGAGACAAGGUGUUGUCAAAAUCUAAAACUUGUGGUCUUGAAUCGAAACGCAAAGUUGGCAAUCAUCGCGAAGUUGAUUAGGAAUUGAUUGAUCGAAUACCGAACUCUGACUCGAAAUAUUUGAGCUCGACAUCAUAAAUUGCCGAUAGGAGCGACCCUCGCCUUUGCUUUCUGGACAAAGCAACAGGUACCGAGUCGAAGCUCACCUCGGCAAAUACACAAUGUCUUUGAAACAGGAAAUAGAAACGUGGGUGGCGGCACUCGCCCGAUACGACAAUAAUGAAUUCGAAGAUGCCCUGAAAGAAUUCGAUGGUAUCUCGGAUACGUCAAAAAUUCUGUUCAACAUGGGUGUCAUACAUGCGACGCUUGGAGAACAUGAAAAAGCUGUCGAAUGUUACCAGAGGGCGAUUCGACUAGACUCAUAUCUUGCCGUGGCCUAUUUCCAACAGGGUGUUUCGAACUUCUUGCUGGGUGACUUCGAGGAGGCAUUAGCAAACUUCAACGACACCCUCUUAUAUCUCCGAGGCAACACUAUGAUCGACUACGCGCAGCUGGGCCUGCUAUUCAAGCUGUAUUCUUGCGAGGUGCUAUUCAACAGAGGUCUCUGCUACAUCUACCUACAGCAAAAGGAGGCGGGUUUGGCGGACUUGAAUUAUGCGGUAAAAGAGAAGGUUGUCGAAGAUCACAACGUUAUCGACGAAGCUAUCAAAGAAGAGGCUGAGGGCUACACUGUGUUUUCUAUCCCUGUCGGUGUUGUAUACCGACCCAACGAGGCCAAAGUGCGGAAUUUGAAGACCAAAGACUACCUAGGCAAAGCUCGUCUAGUUGCGGCUUCCGACAGAGCCAAUGCUUUCACGGGCUUCGCCGGGUCGGAGAUGAAGAAUGCUGGAAGGGCUGUGGAGAAGGAUGAUCGUCCGACCGACAACAUCUCAUUUGCGGCAACAAAUCUAGUUAAGCCCGGACUACAGAGCAGGAGACAACAGUCGGAACCUCCAACCAGCCGCAAUGCGUUCCCCCCCACACCACCCCCAGAGAAUGACAAGCCGCCAGCACUGAGUCGAGGUGCUUCAGUUCGCAACGGACCCAAACCAACGCCUGCUAGGUUGAAUAUUCCCGAGUCCAGCAAAGGCAGCCGUUAUGAUAAGACAAGUUCUCCAGCAAGUGAACGCAAGGCACCCUCGCGAGCCAUGUCCGAAGCGAGAUCGCCACCUCAACGAAGUUAUUCAAGAGCUAGGGCUGCUCGACGUUCAAGGAAUGAGGACGAAGGUUAUCCUGAGGACGUCUACGACAUGUAUAGCGGCAGCAACAAUGGUAGUGGAAAUGGUGGCAGUAAUGGCGGUGGCAAUGGUGGUGGUGGUGGCAGAUCUCAGGGUCGACGGAAUCAGCAGAGAUAUAUCGAGGAGGAGGAGGAAGGAGGAAGUGACUACGAUUCUUUUGACGAAGGCGAGUUUGAGAUGGUCUCGAAUCGACGACCAGGAACGUCUGUGGCCGGCGGGUCAUCGCGAGGUGGAUCGAGACGACCCGAUAUCCGCAAAGUACGAAUUAAGGUGCAUGCCGAAGACGUUCGAUACGUCAUGGUAAACACGACAGUAGAAUUCUCAGAACUGGUGGACCGAAUUCGGGACAAGUUUGGCAUUCGUCGGCGGUUCAAGCUCAAGGUGCGAGAUGAGGACUCGCCUGGGUCUACGGAUAUGAUCACGAUGGGAGACCAGGAUGAUCUCGACAUGAUUAUGAUGAGUGCGAAACAAUUAGCGCGGAAACAAAGACAGGAUAUUGGUAAAAUGGAGAUCUGGGUCGAAGAAAUCUAGACUUUUUCUUUUUCUUUUUCUUCGUGUGCGGCAUAACGAUUACAACGAUACCCACCCAGCAUUGCGAUCUGACUUCAUACGAUGUUAAUGAAGAAAUAAUCUUGGCUUCACCCAUUUAUUUACUAUUAAUAUGUUCAUUUGCAUCCAUAUCUUUACCAUAUGUACUUGCAUACCUACCUACUUCGUUUCCGUUAUCAAUAGCGUUUUCGGCCAUCACUCAUCGAGAGAAAUCAUGGGGCUUUUGUUA